AGUGUUUCUUUAAUGUUGCUCACAAGACGCUGAUCGCUAGUAAAUGAUAAGGUGUAGCUAUAUAUUGUAAUUACCAUUGAAAUGCCUAUGAAAGGAAGAUUCCCUAUCAGGCGAACGCUGGAGUAUCUUAAGAAAGGAGAUGUCGUCUUUAAAAAUAGAGUAAAGAUUAUGACAGUAAAUUACAACACAAAUGGAGAGCUCAGCGACGGCGCAAGAAAAUUUGUGUUCUUCAAUAUUCCACAAAUUCAGUACAAAAAUCCAUGGGUUCAAAUUAUGAUGUUCAAGAACAUGACACCUUCGCCAUUCCUGAAGUUUUACCUAGAAGAUGGAGAGCAGGUGUUGAUGGAUGUGGAGGGAAAAGACCAUAAACAGAUCACACAGCACGUCAAGACAAUUCUCGGCAAGACUGACGAGGUUCUGCAGGCGGAGGCUCUAACCCGGAUGGAGGCCUCUAACCCAGCCAAUUUUGGACCUAAGAAGUACUGUCCGAGAGAGUGUAUUUGUGAGGUGGAGGGCCAGGUCCCCUGCCCUGGUACUACACCUUUGCCCAAAGAGAUGACUGGGAAAUACCGUGCCAAAAUGGCAGCCGCACAGGAAUGAAAAUGGAAGGAAUUAUGAACUGUUAUUGGCACGUUUCACUGGAAAUAUUGUGGAUAUUUUUUUUUACAUUAAAAAAGAAAACCAAAUUACAA